AUGGCUUCGACUUCCGCCGGCCCCGCCCUCUCCAUCGCCGCGACUCGCCCGCGCAGGACUCGUCGGCCAAACCGCAUCGCCGCGCAAGGCUCAGACGACGAGUACGGUGGUGGAAGACGCUUGCGGGUGCGCGUCGGGCAGGGCGGACCGGGCCCGAACCCGGCAGACUCGGUGGGAUGGGACCGCGAACUCGACUCGGAUCCGGACGAGCCUCUCGCUGUCGAGGAGCAGUUCAUCUUGCGUGUACCGCCGGAGGUUGCACCGAAGCUGCGGGAACAGGUGGACAAGCGCGACGUGCCGCAGGACGUCUGGUUCAAGUUCAAGGAUUCGAGGAGGGCGGUCUUUCAUCUCGGCCACAAGCUCUACGGCGCCAAGCUCGUCGACUUGCCGUCCAUCGUCGAAAGUCAGCGCUUGACGGGCGUGGGAGGACAGACGGUCAAAGUGGCCGACAUCAGUCAGAUGUUGCUCGUCGAGGAGGAGAUUCGUGAGGAGGGCGAAGUCACGCACAACAAGGUCUUCAACAUCGAGGACUUUGUCUAUCCGCAUGGCAUCACUCCUCCGCUCAAGCACGUUCGCAAGCGUCGCUUCCGGCGGCGGGCAAAUAGGCGGACCAUCGAGCAGGUUGAAACGGCGGUGGAAAAGCUGCUGGAGGCGGAUGCGAGGGCAGAGCAGGUGCAGUUCGAGAUGCUCGACUACGAUGUCCCCUCCGACGACGAAGAUUACGAUCCUACACAACGACGAAACGACAUCGAGUCGAUCGGAGCGCCGACACCUCGACCAGACGGCGCCGUUUCGUCUCCCGCACCAUUCGGCGAUGAUGGGGAGAGUCAGCGCGGCGAGGAGGAGGACGAUGAGGAGAGUGAUGAAGCAGGGAGCGGGUACGACAGCGACUUGGCGAAGGAGAUCGAGAAGGACCUGAACAUGGCCAAUAAGGGUGCGGGCGGGACGGACGAGUCGGGGACGGAGGAUGACGAGGAUGGAGACGGCUUGUUCGGGUCGGACGACGACGACGAUGACGAGGAGGAGGCGGUCGAUGCGGAGACGCUCGAGGCGCGCAAGAGGCUCAAGCUGCUGGCGGAGGAGAUGAGCGACCUCGACCGCGCCAUCGCUGCGAAGGAGGUCGAGCUGAGCAAGGCACCCAAUCCGAUCUUCAAGAAACGCUUUGAGGAAGUCAUCAAAAAGCUUGCGACAGAGCGCGACCUCAAGAAGAAUCAGCACGCCCAGGUCGCCCGCGAGCUCGACAAGAAGCGCGAGGACGCUGCCGCUGCCGCUACACAGGCCGCUGCGGACCCGCCUUCGAUGAGCGCGGUCGUCCAGCCUGUCGUCGGAGGGAGCGGGACGCCUGCUUCGGGAGGCGGGAGCGCAGGAGCCGCGAUGGACCAGUCGUAG